UCUUACCACGAAACGUCUGAUUGGCCGAGACCUCGAAACGAGCAGCGUGAUUGGUUCAGGCCUAGAAAACAGUACUCGGGGAUUCUGCAUGUACAGGCCGCAGUAGUGCUACCAUUGGAAAAUCAACUAUAAUAAAUUGCGACACGUUGCAGGGGAACAGAAAGGCAUCAACGGCUGGAAGGCUGUCGCGGAAUAGAAACGAUCUACCCAGAGGCCUGAUUCACAGAUUCAUGUAAUGUUUGUCACACGCACACGUGAAAUGAACUGUCGUCAAAUGUGAAGAAUUGUGGAAAAAUCACAGAUAAUGGAUCAAGGUGGAGGGAUCCUGGAGCUUCACAAAGAUCUCAAGAUGCCCCAUACAAUGAUAAUGGCAGAUUUCGUUGCUGGGAUGGGGGGCAUGGCCCACAUUGACGGUGAGCACAUCGUGGUGUCCGUUCCGGAUGCCGUGCUGGUCUCAGACGUGGUGACGGAUGACGGUAUCAUGCUGGAGACUGACCUGGAGGCCGAGGUGGUGGAAGGGCCUGACAUCUGCCACGAGGACGUCAUAGCCACCGAGGAAGUCAUCAUGUCUGAGUCCAUUCUGGGGGAAGAGGUCGCCAUCGAAGAGGCACUGUGCGGCAGUGCCAAUCAUCACGAGCUGACCGAUGAUCUGAUCGAGGAGACGGCUCCUGAUGAGGUGUUUGUGGCCGAACUUAUUUCACCAAAUGAAGAUAACUCUCUGGAUCACGACCUGGUGUCUGCAGAGGUCAUGGUGGCGGACGUGGAGACGGUGAUACAUUCGCACAACACCAUGCCAUCUGAUGUCUCUAAGGCGGAUGAUGAAGAGGACGUGAAGAGCACUUCAGAGGACUAUCUCAUGAUUUCCUGUGAGUGGACAUCAGCAGAACGCCUCAUGGAUGAAGUUGGAGAGAAGUUAGACAUUGGGGAUACGCCUUUGAAGAUCAGCACGGAUAUGGGCCAGGGUGAUGACGGGUCGAAGGAGGAUGAGUUUAGUUCCGAGGUCAUUAAAGUUUAUAUCUUUAAGGCUGAUGGAGACGAAGAUGUGGAAAUAGGCAGCACAGAGGUGGUAGCAGAGAGUGAUUUUCCCAACGGGCACGCGGUGUUAGAGCCGGUGGGCUCAGGCAGGCUUCCAAGAGAGAAGAUGGUCUACAUGGCUGUGAAGGACACCAGUCAGGGAGAGGACGAUAUCAACUGUUCUGAGAUGACCGAUCAGGUGUAUAUGGAGGUGAUCGUCGGGGAGGAUGAGGCAACUGCCAUCCAGGAAUCACAGCUGGAGGACACACCAGUCAACAAGAGCUUCGUCCCUGCUACCUGGGCAGCUGCUUAUGGCAGCAGUCUAGAGAGUAAGAACGGAGCUGGCACUCCUUACCUGCAGAUCUCUGACAACAUCAGUAACAGUCGAGCUCUCAAGCAGAAGUUCAGGAAGAAGAGGAGGGGAGACUCACGCCAGUGCCAGACGGCUGUGAUCAUCGGUCCCGAUGGACAGCCCCUGACCGUCUACCCCUGCCACAUCUGCGGAAAGAAAUUCAAGACACGAGGAUUCCUGAAACGCCACAUGAAGAACCACCCAGACCACAUGUUCAAGAAGAAGUACCAGUGCACCGACUGCGACUUCACCACCAACAAAAAGGUGAGUUUUCACAACCAUCUGGAGAGCCACAAGCUCAUCAUCAAGAACGAGAAGAUCCCUGAGUACACGGAGUACACCCGCCGCUAUCACGAAGCCAGCCCUCUGAGCUCCAACAAACUCAUCCUGCGUGACAAGGAGCCUAAGCUGCACAACUGUAAGUAUUGCGAAUACGAGACGGCCGAACAGGGUCUCCUGAACCGUCAUUUGCUGGCCGUGCACAGCAAGAACUUUGCACACGUUUGCGUGGAGUGUGCCAAGGGCUUCCGCCACCCGUCAGAGCUCAAGAAGCACAUGAGGACGCACACGGGCGAGAAGCCCUACCACUGCCAGCACUGCGACUUCCGUUGCGCAGAUCAGUCCAACUUAAAGACUCACAUAAAGAGCAAACACGGCACGGAGCUUCCCUUCAAGUGCGGACACUGCCCGCAGGCCUUCGCCGAUGACAAAGAGCUCCAGAGGCACACAGAGAUCUUUCAGGGCCACAAGACUCACCAGUGCCCGCACUGCGACCACAAGAGCACCAAUUCCAGUGACCUGAAGCGUCACGUCAUCUCGGUGCACACUAAAGACUUCCCGCACAAGUGCGACGUGUGCGAGAAGGGCUUCCACAGACCCUCGGAACUGAAAAAACACGCCGAAACUCACAAGGGGAAUAAAGUACAUCAGUGCCGGCACUGCGAUUUUAAGAUAUCGGACCCUUUCACGCUCAGCCGCCACAUCCUAUCCGUACACACCAAGGACUUGCCGUUUAAAUGCAAGCGUUGCAAGCGUGGCUUCAGGCACCAGAACGAACUAAAAAAGCACAUGAAGACGCAUAGCGGCCGCAAGGUCUACCAGUGCCAGUACUGCGAGUACAACACUACGGACGCUUCGGGGUUCAAACGCCACGUCAUAUCCAUCCACACUAAAGACUAUCCCCACCGCUGUGACUAUUGCAAAAAGGGUUUCAGGCGACCGUCGGAAAAGAACCAACACAUCAUUCGGCAUCACAAAGAAACCCUAAUGUAACGCCAUCGAACGUUCAACUCUACGGCUACACGCAGCCCGUCUUGGUGUUUCGUCAUCUAAUUUUAUGUAGAAGAUCUGAACUAGAACUGAGUAUGGCCUUCAAAAUUCUCACAGCUCCUCUACAUCUGCAAAUGAAAAUCACUCAUUCAGGGUCCCAAAUGUCUAUUUUUAUACUCUGCUUGCUUUAAUGCUGCAAGCAAAUCAUGUUCACCGUAUGAAAGGGUUAGUUCAUCCGUGAAUGAGAAUUCUGUCAUACGUUCACCAUGCAAUGAAAUGCUGAAAUGCAUUUUGUCCUGGGCAUCCUAAAAUACUUCAAGUAGCAGCAAAAUUCUGCUGUUUUGCUGUUUUCUGAUGUCAUCGGUGAUGGUGUCAUUGGUUCUCACGAACGACCCCGGCAUGUGAAGAACUGUGAAUCGUUUUUUUUCUCUAUACUUCUAUUGUGGAGAAGAGCAUCUCUCACACUUUGGUGUUCAUUGACAGAAUUGUCAUUUUCAGCGAACUUUCGUUUCUUUUAGGCUGGUCAGAGCAUCAUCACGGGCAGAAGACUCUCCGUGUGUCUGGUGUACUCCUCAUUAAAUGAGUUUUACCAACUAGUUUUACCUGUUAUCAUUUUAAAACAUGUCAUGAUGUUCAUUUGAGCAACAAACUUCUUUUGUAGGACCUAAUGUGAUGUACUUCAUUUUGAUCACAUCUGUAACAUUUGCUUUUAUAGUUUAUCAAUAUGUUUGAUACGCAUCAUUGACGAAGACCACUGAAGUUCUAAUGAUUUUACGUGAAAUCAGUGGUUAACAAAUAUGCUCAUACAGCCAAUUAUUGUGGGUCUCUUAUUUCGGUGUCAUGCCUUACAUGUAAUGUAUUUUCUUGCACUGAAUAGAGUAAAUAUAAAUCAGUUGUGAAUAUUUUUUAACAAGUUUCUAUUAUGCUAUAAUUGAUGUAUACAAAUCGCAUCAAGAGCACCUUUGCUUUUAUAGAGUCAUUUCAUCGUUGUUUAUUUAUUCCUGGGUGGACAUAGACAGACAGCAUCCUAAACCAAAAGCAAUCCCCCUUCACACGAGUAUUUACAUGUAAAUGAAACAUGUCUAUCAUGUCGGUUAAUUGACUUCUAUCGUAACCCUGGUAAACAGCAGAAACUAAACUACUCAAACACGCUUAUAUUGUUCGUCUUUCACUUGAAAUCACUCCAGUGUUGUUGUAUGUAAAAGCAUUCUUUAUAAGCUCUUUGUCGGUGAUUUUACAACAUUGCAGUGGAAUUGUAAGGGAACGGAUGAGUUACAGGAGCUUAAAAACAUAACACUUGAAAUAAUUCAGAUUUCCAUAAAGACAAAAUGAAACUUAGUUUAAUCUUUUGGGCGAAGGAAAAUUCAGCAUGAAUGGAUGUUAUAAAUCUUACUUCUGUAAAUAUCUUAAAUGGGGGAAUUUAAUUAGAGGAUUGAAGAAUUAAAAAAGAUCUCAGUAAGUUAUUAAGUACUGGCGAAUAUUUUUAUAUCUCUGGGCACCUUAUGCAAGAUGUUGUCAGACAUUGAGCCUUGUAGUGAAAUGAAGAAAGUGGUUUUGUGUUUAAUUCUAUGACUUUAACACAAACUUGUUCUGCUUAUGUGUUUCACUAAUAAGGUCGAUUCUUUUUUUGGCUUUUUCAAUUACACUGAACAUUGAACCACAUCUGUAUAAGCAGACGUUUGGUACACACCGGUGACAAAGUGUGUGCGAGCAGUCUAGAUGUUGCUGUGUUUGUUACAGUUGUGCUUGGAGACCGUCAUUCUUGUGAAUGAAAUUCAUCCAUGUAAAGCCAUUUGUUUUUGUGUCGGUGACCGAUGGACUACUACUGAGGAGAAAUCAGAAUACAUUUCUUUUUGCUUUCAGAAAUUGUUUGGCACUCAGGUAUUUCCUUGACAUUUAUCAACUAGCACUUUUCAAAUGUAAGAUAAUUAACACAAUCUAAAGAAAUCAAGUGAAUUUAUUCAUUAUAAAUGUUGUAUAUGAUGUCAUUAAAGUGGUUAAUUAGAAAAAGA